AUGGGAGACAAUAUGACAUGUAUCACAGAGUUCACCCUACUGGGAUUUCCCCUUGAUGCAACGAUUCAGAUGCUUCUCUUUGGGCUCUUCUCUCUGUUCUAUGUCUUCACCCUGCUGGGGAACGGGGUCAUCCUGGGGCUCAUCUCACUGGACUCCAGACUGCUGUACUUCUUCCUCUCACACCUGGCCAUCACUGACAUAGCCUAUGCCUGCAACACCAUGCCCUAGAUGCUGGUAAACCUCCUGAGUCCUGACAAGCCUGUCUCCUCUGCUGGCUGCAUGACACAAAGCUUUGUCUUUUUGACAUUUGCUGUCACAGAAUGUCUUCUCCUGGUGGUGAUGUCCUAUGAUCACCAUGUAGCCAUCUGCCAGCCCCUCUGAUACUCUGCCAUCAUGAUCUGGGGAGUCUGCAUCAUGCUGGUGGUGAUUUCCUGGACCAUUGGAGUCCUUCUGCCUUUGAUUCAUCUAGUGUUACUUUUACCCUUACCCUUCUGUAUAUCCCAGAAAAUCAAUCACUUUUUCUGUGAAAUCAUGGCUGUUCUCAAACUUGCUUGUACAGAUACACACAUCCAUGAAACUGUGGUACUGGCUGGAAUGAUUUCUGUGCUAGUGGGACACUUCUCAAUUGUAAGCUCAUAUAUGUGUGUCCUCUGUGCCAUCUUCAGGAUCCAGCCUGGGGAACGUCAAAGAAAAGCCUUGUCCAUCUGCUCAUCUCACCUCUGUGUGGUUGGACUCUUUCAUGGCAUAGCCAUUAUCAUGUAUGUUGGACCCAGAUAUGGGAACCCCAAGGAACAGAAGAAAUAUCUUCUUCUGUUUCACAGACUUUUCAAUCCCAUGCUCAACCCCCUUAUCUAUACUCUUAGGAAUUCAGAAGUAAAGAAUGCCUUGAAGAGAGUGCUGGGAAUAGAGAGGGCUUUAUGA